CAUCACUUUUCUGAGAAUCUACUCCAAACAGGAAUAAUACACUGUCAUACAUACGACACCUUGCCCUUAUUAAUCAUGGCGAUGCGCGGUAGAGGCGCUGAUCACGUGACCCAUCCCAGCCGCCGGAAGUAAAGAUGCUUCGACUCCAUGUGAAGCGCCGGUUGAAGGAUGCUCUCAUUGUUCUUGGGGGUGGAGGUCUCCUUUUUUGCUCCUAUCUUACUGUUAAAGGGGAUGAACGUUUUUAUGCAGAAUGCUUAAUGCCAACAUUGCAGAAAGUAUUAUCACCAGAAGUAGCGCACACAUUGUCUAUAAAGUUUGCAUCUUUUGGACUGGUCCCACGAUGUAUAAAGCACAACUCACAACAUCUGGAGACAACAGUUCUAGGUCACAAGUUCCGCAACCCAGUGGGCCUGGCAGCUGGUUUUGAUAAGCAUGCAGAGGCUAUAGAUGGACUCUUCAAAAUUGGCUUUGGUUUUGUAGAAAUUGGAAGUGUUACCCCAAACCCUCAGGAUGGAAACCCUAAACCCAGAGUGUUUCGCCUUCCUGAAGACAAAGCCAUUAUCAACAGGUAUGGAUUUAACAGUCAUGGUAUAGAAGUUGUUCGCCAACGACUGCUGCAAAGGGUGGAGAAGCAGAAGGCACUAACAGCUGAGGGAAUGCCACUAGGUGUAAAUCUGGGAAAGAACAAGACAUCUGAGGAUGCAGCUGCAGACUACAUAAGGGGAGUACAUGAACUUGGACCACUGGCUGACUACCUUGUUAUUAAUGUGUCAAGUCCAAAUACCCCAGGCCUUAGGGAUCUUCAAGGAAAAGAAGAACUGCACCAACUGCUGGCCAAGGUGGUAAAUGCACGGAACGGACUGCCCAGUGAACACAGGCCUGCUUUACUUUUAAAAAUAGCACCUGAUUUGUCCUUACGUGACAAAGAGGACAUUGCAACUGUAGUGACACAGCUUGGUAUUGAUGGUCUGAUAGUCACCAAUACUACAAUUAGCCGCCCUUCAACGCUAAAGGACCCUUCUUGUGUAGAGACAGGUGGACUGAGUGGCGCUCCACUUCGAGACAUGUCUACAGAGACUAUUAGAGAAAUGUAUGCUUUGACCUCAGGCAAAGUUCCAAUCAUUGGUGUAGGGGGUGUGAGCUGUGGAUUAGAUGCUCUGCAGAAGAUCCGUGCAGGUGCCUCUCUUGUUCAGCUAUACACAGCACUUACGUAUCAAGGACCUCCUGUUAUAGGAAAAGUGGCUCAGGAACUGGAGACGUUUCUUAUAGAACAAGGUUUUUCCAGUGUUUCUGAAGCAGUGGGUGCUGAUCAUAGUACAAAAAGUCAGAAGAUUGCUGCAAAAUCAUAAUUAAAAUCCAGUGUUCCGUUAAUCUAAGGAUGUCGAUACUGGGGGAGGAGACUACAGUGAAGCAGUGAUGUGAUACAAGCUGCUUGAAAACUUUACAUUGCUACUAUGUAUACUGGAAGAAAUUUCUGGAAACCAUAGAACAAUGACAGAACAAUGUGGGAAGUAGGAUACAAGAUGUCUCAGAAUGUGGACUUUAUGGAUUACCUGACAGUGUGAAUUUGAUAAUUUCAAUAA